UGCUUGGGGUUGACAACAGGAGCAGUAGACGGGUAUUCAUUCACUGUGAAUACCAAACUAACAGACUGUUUAUUGAGUGAGAGUGCAUCAUUACCCCUUGAAGAAUUGAACUAACAGUGAAAGAUGCAGUUCAUGCUGCUGUUCAGUAGGCAGGGGAAGCUGCGUCUCCAGAAGUGGUAUGUUCCUCUGUCUGAUAAGGAGAAGAAGAAGAUUACCAGAGAGCUGGUCCAGACGGUUCUGGCUAGGAAACCAAAGAUGUGUUCAUUUCUGGAGUGGAGAGACCUCAAGGUUGUUUACAAAAGGUAUGCCAGCCUGUAUUUCUGCUGUGCCAUAGAGAACCAGGACAACGAGCUGAUCACACUAGAGAUCAUCCACAGAUAUGUGGAACUACUGGAUAAGUACUUUGGCAGUGUGUGUGAGCUGGACAUCAUAUUUAACUUUGAGAAGGCCUACUUCAUCCUGGAUGAGUUCUUGCUGGGAGGAGAGGCUCAGGACACGUCUAAGAAGAAUGUACUAAAGGCUAUAGAACAAGCUGACCUACUGCAGGAGCCCCGUCAUGAGUACUUUAAUGUGCCUGUGUACUAAACGUCCACUACUGCUGUCAGCUGCUGUCACCACUCCACUGCUGUCCUGUCCACUCUGCAUGCGGAGCCCCUCCCCCCAGCACAUGGUCCCUCCAGCACCUGGCUCCUCAUCCUCAACCCCCUAAAGCGCCAUGCUUUACCAACUGAUCCACACAGGACUACGGCUACAUCGUCAGAGGUCAAAGGUCAUUGGUCUACAUUUUCAGUUUCUCACAUACUUCCAUCAGCUGAUUCCACUGUUUGUUGUCUAUCUGAAGAGGCCAUGGUUGACUGUGUAUAAUACAACGGGUGGGUCUAAUCCUGAAUGCUGAUUGGUUAAAUCUGCAUUCCAGCCGGUCUAUUCCACAAGUAACUACCGGCAAAAUCUAUGCCGUUAAAAUGCCUAUUUACUCUGUUCCAUCUGACUGCGCAUUCCACUGUCUCAUCAGCCCAGCUCAUAUUUCUUUUAGACUAACAUUUAGUUUUAACAGUGGAGAUUUGUAUAAACGUUGCUGUCUGUCUCUCAGACAUUUGCAACAUUGUUUCAAUAUUCAAAUUCAAUCUCCAGCUGUCCCAUAGUAAUGAAUGUGUCGGGUGUCGGGACGAGACAGACAGGCAGGCAGCUUUUCUCAGCCAUUCAAAAUCAUGAAUCAGCAUCAUUUUUAUGGAUACAGUUGAAUUCUGAAGUUUACAUACAGUUAGGUUGGAGUCAUUAAAACUUGUUUUUCAACCACUCCACAUUUGUUUUUAACAAACUAUAGUUUUGGCAAGUCGGUUCAGGACAUCUACUUUGUGCAUGACACAAGUCAUUUUUCCAACAAUUGUUUACAGACAGAUUAAUUCACUGUAUCACAAUUCCAGUGGGUCAGAAGUUUACAUACACUAAGUUGACUGCCUUUAAACAGCUUGGAAAAUUGCUGAAAAUGAUGCCAUAGCUUUAGAAGCUUCUGAUAGGCUAAUUGACAUAAUUUGAGUCAAUUGGAAGUGUACCUGUGGAUGUAUUUCAAGGCCUACCUUCAAUCUCAGUGCCUCUUUGCUUGACAUCAUGAGGAAAAUCUAAAGAAAUCAGCCAAGACCUUAGAAAGUCAUCCUCGUGAGCACUUUCCAAACACCUGAAGCUACCACGUUCAUCUGUACAAACAAUAGUAUGCAAGUAUAAACACCAAGGGACUUAAGGACAACAAAGUCAAGAUAUUGGAGUGGCCAUCACAAAGCCCUGACCUCAAUCCCAUAGAAAAUGUGUGGGCAGAACUGUGCGAGCAAGGAGGCCUACAAACCUGACUCGGUUACACCAGCUCUGUCAGGAGGAAUGGGCCAAAAUUCACCCAACUUAUUGUGGGAUGCUUGUGCAAGGCUACCCAAAACGUUUGACCCAAGUUAAAAUUUAAAGGCAAUGCUACCAAAUACUAAUUGAGUGCAUGUGAGCUUCUGACCCACUGGGAAUGUGAUGAAAUAAAAAAAAGCUCAAAUAAGUCAAUCUCUACUCUUAUUCUGACAUUUCACAUUCUUAAAAUAAAGUGGUGAUCCUAACUGGACUAAGACAGGGAAUUUUUACUCGGAUUAAAUAUCAGGAAUUGUGAAAAGGUGAGUUUAAAUGUAUUUGGCUAAGGUGUAUAUACAUUUCCGACUUCAACUGUAUAUACAAAGAACUAUCAAUAGAAAACAGGUCAAAUGAAUCAAAGUGCAGCUAGUUUAUCUUUCCUGAUUUGAAGUUAUUGUGUUAGCCGUCUUGUUGGCUCCUCUAAACAACAGCGUCCUGACGAGAGAGCACAUUUUCUACACCAGGUGAAAUUGCCCAUCAUUAGCUUAGUGAUGGGCAUUAGCUCAGUGUUAUGGAUGUAUCCAAAUAAAUGUCAUUAGAAAACAACUUAAACAAAUGCAAAUGGUGUUAGCCGUCUUGUUGGCUCCUCUAAACAACAGCGUCCUGACGAGAGAGCACAUUUUCUACACCAGGUGAAAUUGCCCAUCAUUAGCUUAGUGAUGGGCAUUAGCUCAGUGUUAUGGAUGUAUCCAAAUAAAUGUCAUUAGAAAACAACUUAAACAAAUGCAAAUGCACCUCCUUUGUUGUUAUUCUGGUUGCACUGUUUGACGUGACUGUAAGUUAGCCGUAGUUGGCUAGCUAGAAAGCAAGGGAGAAGAACGUUGCUAGCCAGUAUGGAACAUUUAGAACGAACGACUGGGAUACGUCCAUAGAUACAGAACAAAAAGACUGAACGACCGGGUCGCGUCUCUGGCAACCGAACCGAUAGAACGAACGACCAGGCGGCUUGGGUAGCAACCGUUGAUUUGUCUCAGGACUACAUCUUGUGGAAGGAUGAAAUAGUAUGAAUAAGUUCAUUAAAAUAAAGUUACUGAAAACAUGUCUAUCAUUUAUUCGAAUAUGUUGGUAAACCUUUGUAGAAAAGUGAUAGUUCCCUUGAAGCUGAUGUUUGGAGGAUAUAUUGGCAUGGUUUGCUGGGCCUAACAACACCCGUGCCAAUAUAUCCUCCAAACACUGGCUUCUCUGGCAUUAUCACUAAAAUGUUGAUACAUUUUCCUGUCUCUGAAGAGUCCAUGGUUUACUGUGUGAUGUUGAUACAUUCUCUAUUAAAAUACAAAGUUAA